CCCCCCAGUCCUCCCCUCCCCUGCAGCAUGGUGCUCGCGGCCCCGCUGCUGCUGGGCUUCCUGCUCCUCGCCCUGGAGCUGCGGCCCCGGGGGGAGGCGGCCGAGGGCCCCGCGGCGGCGGCGGCGGCGGCAGCGGCGGCGGCGGCCGGGGUCGGGGGGGAGCGCUCAAGCCGGCCGGCCCCGUCCGCUGCGCCGGAGCCGGACGGCUGCCCCGUGUGCGUGUGGCGGCAGCACAGCCGCGAGCUGCGCCUGGAGAGCAUCAAGUCGCAGAUCCUGAGCAAACUGCGGCUCAAGGAGGCGCCCAACAUCAGCCGGGAGGUGGUGAAGCAGCUGCUGCCCAAGGCGCCGCCGCUGCAGCAGAUCCUGGAUCUGCACGACUUCCAAGGCGACGCGCUGCAGCCCGAGGACUUCUUGGAAGAGGACGAGUACCACGCUACCACUGAGACGGUCAUAAGCAUGGCCCAGGAGACGGACCCUGCAGUGCAGACAGACGGCAGCCCUCUCUGCUGCCAUUUCCACUUCAGCCCCAAGGUGAUGUUCACAAAGGUACUGAAGGCCCAACUGUGGGUGUACCUUCGGCCUGUGCCCCGCCCAGCCACAGUCUACCUGCAGAUCUUACGACUGAAACCCCUAACUGGGGAAGGGACCGCAGGGGGAGGGGGUGGAGGCCGGCGUCACAUCCGUAUCCGGUCACUAAAGAUUGAGCUACACUCACGGUCCGGCCACUGGCAGAGCAUCGACUUCAAGCAAGUGCUACACAGCUGGUUUCGCCAGCCACAGAGUAACUGGGGAAUCGAGAUCAACGCCUUUGAUCCCAGUGGCACAGACCUGGCUGUCACCUCCUUGGGGCCAGGAGCUGAGGGGCUGCACCCUUUUAUGGAGCUUCGAGUCCUGGAGAACACAAAACGGUCCCGGCGGAACCUAGGCUUGGACUGCGAUGAACACUCGAGUGAGUCCCGCUGCUGCCGAUAUCCUCUCACAGUGGACUUUGAGGCUUUUGGCUGGGACUGGAUCAUCGCACCUAAGCGCUACAAGGCCAACUACUGCUCCGGCCAGUGCGAAUACAUGUUCAUGCAAAAGUAUCCACACACCCACUUGGUGCAACAGGCCAACCCAAGAGGCUCUGCUGGGCCCUGCUGCACCCCUACCAAGAUGUCCCCAAUCAACAUGCUCUACUUCAAUGACAAGCAGCAGAUUAUCUACGGCAAGAUCCCUGGCAUGGUGGUGGAUCGAUGUGGCUGCUCCUAAGGUGUGGGCUACAGUGGAUGCCUCCCUCAGACCCUACCCCAAGAACCCCAGCCCUGGUCCCCAUUCCCCAAGCCCUAGAGUGCCCCCUCACCUCUUCCCAAGAACAUCACACCUUGUUCCCUGACCAAGCAGUGUGCAAUACAGCAGAGGGAGGCAGGUAGGGAUGGAGGGGUGAGGGGUUGGGAGAAAAGAAGGGCAGUCAGGGUGGAAUGUAUCUGAGAUUUGCAGGUGAGAAGGUUUGGCAAGAAGACAGAUGUAGGGACAGAGGAAGAAGAUGGAAGGAUAGAGACAGAGAACAGACAGAACACUGAGAAAGCAAAGGAACAGAGAGGCAAAAAGAUUAGAGACUAAGCAGACAAGGAGAGAGACUGAAAUGGGAGUAAAUCCAGAGCCCUGCCCCAAGCCUGUUUUUCCACAGCAAGGUGAGAGGCUUGGUGUAAUUUGGGGGUGGGGUGGGGGUGGGGGAGUUCCCCGGACAGCUCAGUAGGAGUAAGUCAGAGUCCAUUCUUAGCUUUCCCCCUCUCUCCUUCCAGUAGCAGCCGGAAGUGGACCGAGGAUGGGGCAAAGGAAGGACCUGGGUUUUUUUUUUUAAUUUAUUUAUUUAUUGUGACUUUUUGUUUUUUUUGGUAUUUGGCUUUACUGGAAUGGAGGGACCUUGCCCACUGUGCCCCAUUGGUCCCUUACUCCCCAAAGCCUGCUCUUCCCCAAUACCAACCGACUUAAGCACUUGUACUAAGCCUCCAGGGUUGGGAAGGGGUAAAGGGCAAGAGGGCUGACACAUGGAGAUUUCUAACCCAUAAUCACCCUGACCAACCUUCUCGAGCCAAACGGGUUGAACUGAGUGGUCAUGGAAACAGAAGUUCAGACUUUAGAGCUGGGGGGUGGGGGGGUGACCUCAACAUCCAGGAUCUAUGAGAGCUACUAAACUGCCCCUCAGGCCUACCUUAUUCAUGGUAUUGUUUAGCCAGAGGGUAUAGCCUGCUUAUCCCCAAAUUCCCCUCAGCCAAGAGACCAAAGAGCCUGUGGAAUGCCCCUGCUCUCAGCCUCUAUAUUCAGGUCAAUAAAAAAUUAGAAAUCCCAGAGUCCCCCAGGUCUGGGAAGGGUUAAGGGUCAAGGAAAUAGUAAAGAGGCUGAAUGUUACAGGGCAUUUGAAUCCAAAUCACUGCUCUAGGCUGGGGAGUACGGCCAGCAGAACAAGGUGGAAGGAUCUGAAGGGGGACAUUUCAGUCCCCCUAACCCAAAGCUCAGGGUGGAAGAAGGGAGAACAAGGGAGCAGAGUGUCUAUAAUUUUUAUCUUAUUUUUGGAAUAUAGCAGUACCUGGCAGCACAGAGGGGACAGUACAAUAGGGAAAGGCAUGUGACAAGGCCAGUUACAGCAGAGGACAGGAGAGGGUGGAGACUCCUUGGUUUGGAAGGCUUGGGAAGCAGGCAAGACAUUAGUUGCCACUUCAAGUCACCCAUUCAUUCCUCCCACAAUCCUGCCCACCCUCCUCUGGACUCACUGUGCCUCAGUUUCUUCCCCUUGAUGGAAUGAGAAGCAGCAGCACCCGCCACAGCCAAGAGAUGAAUUCUGAGCACUUACCACGGGCACUUUAUGGACAUAAAAUACCUCUCGCUGUGGAACUAGAUAACCAGGGCACCACAACGGUGGUGAAGAGAUUGAGGAUUAAAGGAGUCACAGGCUUCAGAGUACAAGUACCCCUCUGCUUCUCAGUUGGACAAUGCCUGAAGCCAAGGAAUUAAAAAUCUCCACACCCUAACCAUACCUCAGCAGUGGCCUCUUGGCUCUAGACAAGAGUCUUAAGAGGAUGGGGGGAAGAAGGGGAGAUCACAGCAAAUGAUUACUAAUAGAACCAGCAGUUAAUGGUCUGGUAGAAACAGGACUGAACUGAAGCCGACCGGGAAGGUCUGUACUUCCCAAGAGCAGACCAUAGAAAGGACAAAGGUAUGUGACUAUCCUUAGCACCCAACUCCUAUUCUCACAGUGAGGAGAGGAGACAAGGAGUCUCUAAGAGGAAUGGACGGGGUUCUUAAGCCUUUCAACUCAUUUCCUAUGUAGCAGCAGCUAGUCCCAAGCCUCUCCUCUCUGGCCAUUCCCCAUCCUUUUUUUUUUUUUUUUUUUUUUUUUUUCUACCCCAUCUUAAAGAACAAGACACAUUUGAUCAUCACCACCAAUCAUACUUCCUUGGUGGAGAAGAGGAACAGAAAAGCAAAGAGGAUUGCUUUCCUCCAGUCAAAUGCCUCUUGAUCUUGGAAAGGGUAAGGGUUGGACAACUAGGUAUCAGGUAAACUUCUCCAUAGUUUAGAGAGCUGGGGCAUUACACUUCAGUUACUGCCUCUUUAUUACUACCAAGUACAGGGGGAAGGGGUUGUCUUAUGAAUAUACACCUGAGUUAAGCCUCAGUUUCCUGGUCUUUUCUAUCCCCUGAGAGGCUUGAGGAGUUGGCCUAGCACUCAGUGGGAGCUGGCACCUCUUCCCACACUGUGUGGACUGGCCAGUGCUCCUCUGAACAUAUUAUUAGUGUAAUUCUUUACUUUGUGUAUUUGUUACAUCAUGUGUGUGGUUGCCUUUGUUUGUUAAGGGUGUCUGAGGAGUAUGGGCUGACAUGGGCAGUGGAAUGCCAGGAAAGGACUUCAAUGAAAUCAAGGUUUCCAUUGCAAAAAGGCCAUCAGGCAGUUUUCAAGUUAUGUGACAGAGGGCAAAGAUGGCCAAAGGGUGCUCUGAGUUUUGGGACAGUCACAUGACACAAUCCAGCACUUGAACCUGAAAAAAGAAAAAUAAAAGCAGUCAAAGAGUUUAA